ACCCAAAACAGCCAAAGAAAAGUCCUCUGCCGCAAGUCUUUACUUCAAAGUUCAAAGUCGUCUCUCAGUCAUUUUCUCUUUCUGAAUAGUCCAUCAUCAAUCUUCUGCCAAACCUUUCAACUCUUUAAAUCUCAAAAUCAUCAAAUUAUACCCUUUAAACUUCCAAGUUCAGAUCUUUCACCUUCUUACCCCAUCACAAUUUCUCCGAUUUAAUUCCUCUUCUAGUAUUAAAUCGAAUUUAGGGUUUAUGGGUUGCUGAUUUCUCACUUGGAAUUGCUGAUUUUAUCCGAUGUAGAAAGAGUUCAUUGAAUUUCAAAGUAAAGGGUUUUUUUUUGGAGGAUUCAACUUCAGAAGAUUACAACAAAUGAGGUUACAAUUUCUUCUCUUGGUUUUUUUCACGAUUAAUUGUAGUUCUUGUAAAAUUGGCUGAUUCUGGAUAUAAUGUCUGUUUCGGCCGCCAUGAUUCCAAACAAAAAACCUCCUGUUAGAGUUAGCAGUUUUGGGCGAUUUGUGCUGAUUUCAGUCAUUGCUACAUUAUUGGUUUUAUUGUUUGUUUCACUAAUUAGAACUGAUUCUGCAAUUGGGUAUGAUGAGAGUGUACAUGAGAAUCUGAAACCGGGUUCUGUUCGAGAACACCGGGACAUUAACUUGCCAAAACAGAAUGCAUUGUCGAAAUCGUUGGUGGAACGGAACGAUUUGCCUCCCCGGAAUUUGGAUUUGUAUCCAAGUUUGCCUAAGGAUCAUGUUGUGAUUGUUUUGUAUGUUCAUAAUAGACCACAGUAUCUCAAAGUAGUUGUUGAGAGCUUAUCGCGUGUAGAGGGUAUUAAUGAGACUCUACUUAUAGUUAGUCAUGAUGGGUUUUUUGAAGAUAUGAAUAAGAUUGUGGAAGGUGUUAAAUUCUGUCAAGUUAAGCAGAUUUUUGCGCCGUAUUCUCCUCAUAUCUUUCGUGAUAGUUUCCCUGGUGUUUCGCCUUUAGACUGUAGGGAUAAGGACGAUGCUACUGAAAAGAAGUGUGCUGGAAACCCUGAUCAGUAUGGGAACCAUAGGUCCCCGAAGAUUGUCUCUUUGAAACAUCAUUGGUGGUGGAUGAUGAACACGGUGUGGGAUGGAUUGAAGGAGACUAAGGAUCACUUAGGUCAUAUACUUUUCAUUGAAGAAGAUCACUAUAUAUUUCCCAAUGCGUAUAGGAAUCUCCAGCUUCUUAUAAAGCUGAAACCUAAGAAGUGUUUGAGUUGUUAUGCUGUUAACUUGGCUCCCUGGGAUGUGAAAACUAGAGGAGAAGGUAUUGCAUCAUUGGUUGCAGAGAGAAUGGGGAAUGUUGGGUACUCUUUUAAUCGGACAGUCUGGAAGAAAAUCCACAACAAGGCUGAAGAAUUUUGUUUUUUCGAUGAGUACAAUUGGGACAUAACAAUGUGGUCUCAGGUUUAUCCCUCAUUUGGGAGUCCUGUAUAUACAUUACGAGGACCUAGAAGUAGUGCUGUUCACUUUGGGAAAUGUGGGUUGCAUCAAGGCCAAGGGGAUAAAGAUGCAUGCUUAGACGAUGGUUCUGUAAACAUUGAAGUACAGAAUGAUGACAGAGUCGUGAACAUUAGCCCUCAGUGGGACGUGUUUUUUUAUGACCAUCAAGCGGGGUAUAAAGCUGGAUUCAAAGGUUGGGGAGGAUGGGGAGAUGCAAGAGACCAUCAACUAUGUCUAGACUUUGCCUCCAUGUAUCAUCAAUGACUUGCAAGUUAUUCAUUCCUACUUCUGAGGCCUGUGCUGCUUUGCGAUUAGAGUCAUUAGACGCGAUGGUCUAAGUCAAGUAUCCUCAUCUUUGACAUUGUAAGAGUAUCUAUUGUGUUCUUAUACGGAGUGUUCUUUUUGGGUAGAUUUGGAUUUUGCAUCCUACAUUUUUGGUGCUUUUUUAUUUUAAAAUGCCUUGUAUACUUUUAUCACUAACAAAUAUUCAGGUAAGUAGAGAGAGGCUAUUGUAUUUAGAUUUAUUAUUUUUAGUAAAAAUCAUCUUGAAUACAUUUUCAGCUA